CCUUGUUUGUUAGAAACCCUGGAUCGGUCAGGCGCUGCUUCAUAUAUAAGAUCCUCUGCAGGCGAUAAAAUUAUGGAGAGAUCUCAAGAUCGUCUCGACUCUGAUAGGGAUGGGAUCAGUGAAACGGAGUCAAAUUCGAGUGUUUCAUGUCCAUCACAGUGUGGAACCAGGAGUCGUGAAGUUAUCAAUGGUCGGUGCGAUAGAUGCUUAUCAGACUCUUCUCCUGUAGUAGUCACCACACUCAUGUGCUCUCACAAAUUCUGUGGGAAAUGUUUCAUAUGCAUCUGGUCAUACCAGAAGCUUGGAGAACCUUGUAUUUGUCCGAUUGAUGGAGAAAGGUUGAUAUGGUUACGUCCUGAUAGUCCUUACGUGCCUCAGGAUAUUAAUGCCCUCGUCCGCAUUUAUAAUCGUUAUUACAAUCCAAAGACUUCCCCGGCAAGACUUGAGCGCAAUUUGACAUGGCUUUACUAUUUGGAUACUGCUAUUGUUCUCGCUGGUGCAAUCGCGUACUGCAUCAAGCUUUCUUAGACUCAUAGUGGUGGACGAUAGUGGUUCCUCCUUAUUUCAGGCUCUUAGUUUAUCAUGAUAAUGUGUUAUCAUGCUUUUCUGUUUUAUGAUUGUCUUUCGUUCUGACAUUGUAUCCAUGCUUUUUUC